UCCCAGAAGGGAGCUGCUGUCUGAGGAAGAAACUGCAUCUUCACUCGCCAGCCACGAGAGGACCUGGGGUCGCGCUGGGCGCCCGACGGACCCUCCUCAGGGACCCGCCUGCCCCACGCCGCCCGGCCCUGCCGGGCCCUCCGCACCAGGUUCCCCAGCCGCAGCCUUACCUGCGGGCUCCAGAAUCCCCAGGGCUUCCAGAGGAUGCUCGGGCCACCGACAGGGACCUCGGGGCAGCAGUGAGGGGGGCACGCAGCCCCCCAUUCAGCUCCUGUCCUCCUGUGCCAGGGGCUCCCCCCGGGUACGAGCAUGGUGGUUUUCCCUUGGAGCCCCCUGGCUUGGUACGUCUGAGAAGAUGCCUGCCAUGAGGCUGUUCACUUGCUUCCUGCAGCUCCUGGCUGGGCUGGCGCUGCCUGCUGUGCCCCCCCAGCAGUGGGCCUUGUCUGCUGCGAACGGCUCCUCAGAGGUGGAAGUGGUGCCCUUCCAGGAAGUGUGGGGCCGAAGCUACUGCCGGGCCCUGGAGAGGCUGGUGGACAUCGUGUCCGAGUACCCCAGCGAGGUGGAGCACAUGUUCAGCCCGUCCUGCGUCUCCCUGCUGCGCUGCACGGGCUGCUGUGGCGAUGAGAACCUGCACUGUGUGCCAGUGGAGACGGUCAACGUCACCAUGCAGCUCCUGAAGAUCCGCUCCGGGGACCGGCCCUCCUACGUGGAGCUGACGUUCUCUCAGCAUGUGCGCUGCGAGUGCAGGCCUCUGCGGGAGAAGAUGAAGCCAGAAAGGAGGAGACCCAAGGGCAGGGGGAAGAGGAAGAGAGAGAAGCAGAGACACACAGACUGCCACCUGUGCGGCGAUACUGUUCCCCGGAGGUAACCAGCCCCUCGGAGGAGAGAGACCCCACACCCGGCUCGUGUAUUUAUUACCGUCACACUCUCAGUUACCUCCCUGCUGGCACCUGCCCUCUAUUUAUUAGCCAAUUGUAUCCCUGCUGAAUGACUCACUCCCUCCAAGAGGAGGGGCAGGGAGGGACAGGACCCUCAGGAAUUCAGUGCCUUAAACAGAACGUGAGAGAAAGACAGAAGACAGACCCAUGUGGCUUCAGCUUGGGAAGAAGCAAGAUGUGUGGCUUUGUGAGGGGCAGGCCAGGCCCCAGAGGCUCUGGGGGUCUCCAGGGGGCUGGAGAGGGAAGGACCGGAGACCCACCGCCUGCCCCCCGGCCUUGGGCUCUGCACGGACCAGCAGCCCUUGCUGGGGGCGCUCCCGGCCGGGGUGGGAGUGGGGGAGCUUGCUCCCAGUGGCCCUGCUGGGAGGGUGAGCAGGCAGCAGCUCUGCCCCUGGAGAUCAGAACGUUCAGCUCUGAAGAACAGUGGUUGCCUGGGGGCCUUGGCCACUCCUUGUCCCCUAGGUCUGGCCUCACAUCUUGCCACUGCUUGUGCUGGGACAUUGUUCUUUACGGCUAAGGCGUCACCAUCCUGCCCCUCCCAGGGACACAGGCCAAGAGUGGCCCCAGGCUGGACAUGGAGCAAGCUGCCCCCGCGUGGCUGUUUGACCGCCAAGCCAGAUUCUCUUGAAUAAAGUAUUCUAGUCUGGAAACAGCUUUCCAGGGGAGUGUGUCUGCCAGAGCAGCGGGCAAUAGCAGGAAAUGGAAGCAGGACAGAAGUAAAAGGGACCGUGGGCUCCAAGGCUGCCCGGGGAUAGCUCCAGCCUGCUCCUGCAGCUCCCUGGGCAUCUUCUCCCAGGUGCUUUAGGCACAACCCUGAGGCCCGCUCCUCCCAUAAUGAGGGGUUCCCAGGAUGGAGGCUUGGCCCCAAACUUGGGAGGCCCUGACCCCAGCCCCCCCGAUCACCCUCAAAUUCUAGAGCCCAGUCCCCUUCCUCUCCCCCCAGGGCCACCCUAUACCC